AUGAAAGACUUGAAUAUUGAAAAGAUACUACCAAAUGAAAAGUUUAGGGACGCGUCGUUUCAAGAAACUGGGCUUUCUGAGGUCUAUACUAUAGGUACAGAUAGUUAUUGCAGAAGUGAUCAACAAGUUGUGAAAUCAUGUGUCAAAGGGUUCUUUCCUGAUAUAAAACUGAUGUUUUUGAAAGAAAUAAAACAAUUUGGUAGCCCAAGUACUAAACAAGUGUCUUAUAUUGAUUUGAGCUUACCAGAUGACUUGCCAAAAUUUGAUGAAAAUCCUUCGGCUAAUGAUAGAAAAGCAAUUCUUUAUUGCUUAUUGGUAGCACUAAUAUUGAAUGGUAUUACAAUCUUAACUGCUGUGAUUGAUUUGAUUGUAUCAAGGCUCACUUGGUUGUCUCUUGCAGGUGAAGUUUUGAUAUUGGUGAGCUCUAUAUUAUAUUUGGCUUCAGCUGCAUCAUCUAUUUCAUUAUUUUCAACAACAAGAACAGCUUUAAAUAAUAGUUCAUUAGGCAUCAAAGCCACAUUUGGCAACACAGCAUUCCAUUGCCUAGUUUGGUUUGCGUUUGCAAUAUCAUUAUCAACAUUCACACUAGUUCUUAUAAAAAACUAUUUGACAAAAUCAAGUAUGUCAACUUUAUGGAGAUUAAUAAAAGAUGGUCCUAUACCGAAAUCUGAUCCAGAAAGAAAUAGCAAUCCAUCAAAGUACCAAAGAGAGAAGCCACCAAGUCCCAAAACUGCAAAAGCUAUUGAUAUGGAUAAAAGAAUGGAUGAAUUAUAUGAAAAAUUAGCCAAGUAUCAAAUGGAACAAGAGAAAUGGGAAAAAUUCUCAUAUCAUCAUAAUGAAGAAGUUACUGAUGAUAGUAAAGGUACAAGAAGUGAUGCUUCAAAAUCUACAGCUUCAGAGUCAUUUUCAAAAACUCCAGCACAAGCUGUAGAAGGGUUAGAGAAGAGUGACAAUUGA